AUGGCGCCCCAGGACUGCCACUGCUCUGAAGCGGCGCUCGACCCUGCAUCGGCGGCGCCGGUACAACGCGCAGUCCAACCUACUUGCAUCAAGCGCUGCCCCGAGUGCGUCCCCCUGUGGCGCGCCGCCGCGCGCGUCGAGGAGGCCGCCGGCGCCGUGGGCAAGGCGCGCGCGCUGCUGGAGCAGGCGCGGCAGCGCAUCCCCAAGCGCGACGAUCUGGCGGAAGCGCGCGCGGAGCUCUGGCUGGCCGCGAUACGCACGGAGCAGCGCGCCGGCAGCAGCAAGGCGGGCGAGGCGCUGCUCGCCAAGGCGCUGCAGGAGCUGCCCGCGUCGGGCCGGCUGUGGGCCGAGGCGAUUGGUGCGGCGCCGCGGCCGCAGCGCAAGUCGCGCAGCGCGGACGCGCUGAAGCGGUGCGACCAGGACCCCGCGGUCGUGUGCGCGGUGGCGCAGCUGUUCUGGUCGGACCGGAAGGUCGACAAGGCGCGCUCCUGGUUCAACCGUGCGGUGCUGCUGGCGCCCGAGGUGGGGGACUACUGGGGCCACUACUACAAGUUCGAGCUGCAGCACGGCACGCCCGAGAGCGCCGCCGACGUCGCGCGGCGCGCGGCGGACAAGGGGCCGCGGUACGGGGAGCGGUGGACGCGCGUCGCGAAGGACGUGAGGAACGCGCACCUGCCGGUGGAGGCGCUGCUGCGCAAGGUGGUGGUGGACAUAGACACCCUGCCGCCGCCGUGA